AUGACACCAUUGAAAUACCUCACUUUAAUCGCUUUCACCAUUGUGCAUGAAGUAAAUGGUGCGUGGACCAUAGAAAAAGUAUUAAAUUGUGGUGGCGCUAAAUAUUCUGGCCAGAACCUCGUGCAAUUUCGCAAUACGCAUUGCUCUAAUCAAAGGCAUGGUGUUUAUGCUCUAAAUCAGUAUAGUCACCCAAGAGAGUCUUUCGAAGAUGAAACUGGGAUCAGUUUCUAUUUCUUAAGACUCCCUAUAAUAUCACAGAGUGGUACAAUGCUUUAUAGUCAGUUACUCAGCCUUUGA